AUGCCGGGCAACGAUUGCAGGCGUGUGCGGCGGGAGCUCUCGCGACUUCGCGACACACCAGAGUGGCAUAUAGAAACAGUUCGCCAGUUUUUAACAGUGCUCUCGGAUACGGCACAGCUUGUGGUCGGCGGGGAUAGGAGCUUACUAGCUGCUUUCGUCAGCUCUUGCGGUUUCGCGUUGCUUGAUCGCUGCUUUUCUGCUCUUAUUGGACACGCGGGGGACGGCAUUCCUCCAAACCUUACCCACGAACGCCGACCACUUGGAGGUACCCAGUCUCGUAUCCAUGAAAGGCUCCUGGCGCCGGCUUUGAGCCACGCGCACACGAUUCUCAACUGGUGCCAAUCGGAUACGUUGCAUCAGGUGGGUCGCAGUGCCCUGCUCCAACAGUUCUGCAGGAUAUUCGCCGCUGCCGCUGACGCAAACUGCGUCGAGAGCAGCGCCCUCUGUCUCGGCACGAUUGCCGCAUGUGAUCGAGAGUUUGCGUUGCUCAUCGUCGCAACGAGUGGUAUUGUUCAGCGUUUGGAUCGCAUCCUUCAGGAAACUCCGUCAAAAGAGUUCCUGGUCAAGCCAACGGCAGCGCAUCGAAAUGCAUCGGGCACGGACGCGCCAACACCGAAACUGAAGUUGCUCGGUGCACAUCGUGUAACUGCUGCUUGUCGACGGCUGGUAGCAGCACUUGGCCUCGAGCGUCGCUACGGUGAUCAUGGACGAGCGGCGCGCGAGCGCAUCUUCGGCAGGCUCCCGAACUUGUUCCGACGACCUCGCCCGCACGGUAUCCGGAUACUCACGCUGGACGGCGGCGGCGCCCGAGCUCUUGUCUCGAUUGAAAUCCUCAAAGAGCUGGAACGACGCACCGGACAACCUAUCCACCAGCUAUUCGACCUCGUUGCUGGUACCUCAGCCGGCGGUAUCUUGGCCGUGGCCCUCUGCAUCGCUCGCAAAUCCCUCGCAGAGUGCGAACUUCUCUACAGGGAGUUUUGUGGCAAGGUUUUCAGCACGCCCACCAGUCGAGCUGUUCGCUGGUUGGGCAUGGGUCGCCUCCUUUUCAGUCGUGGCUACUACGACAGCGCGGCGCUCGAGCGCUUCUUUCGAGCGUUCGCCGGUGAAAUGAACCUCAUUGAUUCGCGGGCAGUAGCGCAUAUCGCUGACGAUCCGCCGUGCGUAUUCUGUGUCUCGACGAUUGUAAGUGAGAAUCCCGCGGCCCCGUUUCUUCAUACAAAUUACGCCCCGCCACCCGAAUCGAAGCCGAGGUAUCGAUAUGCAGCCCACCAUCGCGUGUACGAGGCCUUGCGCGCGACAUCAGCAGCACCGACCUACUUCGACGCUUUCCGCUGCGGCAGCGAAACGUUCUGUGACGGAGCAAUCCUGGUGAACAACCCGACGGCUAUUGCGUGCCACGAGGCCAAGCUGCUCUGGCCAGACCUACCGAUUGAUGUGUUGGUAAGUGUUGGAACCGGGCGUUGCGAUCCGCGUCUCGUGAGCGAGCCAAACCAGCGAGUAGCCACUGCCGGCUCCAGUGGUGAUAGCAUCUUUGAGUUGGCGCGCACCCUGUUGAGCAGCGCGACCGAUACCGAGGCUGUGCACCACGCGAUCCUGGAUCUGACGCAUGGACGCGAUAUGUAUUUCCGUCUGAACCCCGAUGUAGCGCCGCUGAGUAUGGACGAGUCCCGGAUAGAAAAGCUAGAGGAACUCGUACAAGUUACCCGAAAGUAUAUUGAGCAGAACACGAAACAAUUCAGCCAUAUUGCCGAGAAACUUUCCGCGGGAGCGGCCCGCAAAGAGCAUUUGCGCGCGGCGCUCUGA